AUGAGGUUGCUAACACCGCUCCUCUUCUUCGUCUCCCUCUUCGCCCCGAUGAUCACGGCAGAGCCUAUGCUCGUGUCGAACUCGCUGAAUCCCUGUUCCGAAGGAUCCGGUUUUAGUGCUAGUUUGUUCCAGGUCGUCUUCACUCCCAACAAUGCUUCUGCCAGUAUCGACAUGGUCGCCACCAUCACCGUCGAGGGUAUGGUCGUCUUCGAUAUCUCCAUCUCGGCGUACGGUUACGAGUUUAUGCGAAGGACCAUCAACCCUUGCGAGACCGAUCUCCUCGACCCGGCGUCCCUGAGCCAGGUUCCCGGCAUCGCUUACACCAUUCCCGAUCUCGAUGCUAGCGUCAAGGUCUUUGUCAACUACACCGAAACCGGCGAGAGCGUCGCUUGCGUCCAGGCCGACAUUUCCAACGGAAAGACGGUCGACUUGAUUGGCGUCAAGUGGGCCACCGCCAUCAUCGCCGGCCUCGCCCUCAGUGCUUCCGCCGUUGUUUCGGGCCCAGGCUAUCAUUGGCCUCACCAGCGUGCACCUGCCCCCAUCGUGACCGCUUGGGUCCAGAACUUCAUGUGGUCCAUGGGCAUCAUCCGCGUCGGCUUCAUGCAGGAUAUCUUUACCUGGUACCAGCGCGCCACCGGCGGUACUCCUUCCACCAUUUUCGAUACCCUCAAGACCAUCUCCGUUCAAGUGCAGAAGCGUUCUCUCCAGUCGACCGAGAUUGCCACCAGCUUGUUCAAGCGCGCCCACGCCAUGUUGCCCCGCGCCAUCCAAGCCCGAAGCAACAUCCAGACGAGCGACGGCCGCUACGUCGUCUACGGCAUCCAGCGCGUUGCCUUUAGGGCCAAGAUCGAGACCACCAACUUGUUCAUGACCGGCCUCACCUUCUUCAUCAUCUUCGUCAUCUUGACCGUCCUCGGUGUUCUCGCCUUCAAGGGCGCCUGUGAGCUCGCUGCCAAGAAGCAGUGGGUCGCCAACGACAAGUUCCUCGAGUUCCGCAACGGCUGGAAGACCGUGCUCAAGGGCAUCCUCUUCCGCACGGCUCUCAUCGGCUGGCCCCAGCUCACCAUUCUCUGCCUUUGGGAGUUCACUCAAAACGAUUCGCCCGCCGAGAUUGUCCUCGCCGUCUUCUUCUUCUUUGGCGUCCUUAUUACUCUUGGCUGGGCCGCGAGCAAGGUCGUUCUCAUCGCCCGCCAGUCCGUCAUCACCCACCGGAACCCUGCCUAUAUCUUGUUCUCCAACCUCGAGGUUCUCAACAAGUGGGGCUUCCUCUACAUCCAGUACCGCGCCUCGGCCUACUACUUCAUCGUUCCCCUUCUUGUCUACUUGCUGGUCAAGGGCAUGUUUGUCGCCUUUGCCCAAAAGGCCAAUGUUGCUCAGGCCAUCGCCUUCAUCAUCAUUGAGGCCGCCGCUUUGAUUGCCGCCAGUGUUCUCCGACCCUGGAUGGAUAAGCGCACCAACUCUUUCAACAUCGCCAUCUGCGCCGUCAACUUUGUCAAUGCCAUCUUCCUCCUCAUCUUCACCAACGUCUUUGGUGCUCCUCCUCUCGUCGUUGGUGUCGUUGGUGUCGUCCUCUUCGUCCUGAACGCUGCCUUCUCGCUCAUCCUUUUGCUCAUGUUGAUCAUCUCCACCACGCUCGUCUUCUUCCGCAAGAACCCCGAUGCCAGGUAUCAGUUCAUGGCGGAUGACCGCGCCUCGUUCAUGAAGUCGCAGACACAGUUGAACACCACCACCGAGCUCGACGCCCUCGCCGCGACUGCCCGUGGCGACAAGCUCGGCUUCAACUCGAAGCUCGACCUCGACGACGACAACGCCUCCCUCUCGUCCGUCUCGGUCCAGCGCCGCGCCAACCUCGGCAUGCACCCUGCCGGUUCUCAGUUCUCCCUCCACAACGAGAAGUCUGGGACGCAGAGCCCCUUUACAGACAACUUCCGGAACAGCAACAAUGCCAGCCCUGGCGGAUUCAGGAGACAGAACAACGCGAGCCCCUGGCAACGUGGUGCUGGCUACGACUAA